CAGUCACUAUGGCAACCCGAGACGCCUCGUGUGCCCGCGGCCAGGGACGGAGCUGAGAAGGAAAGCGGGCCCGAGGCUCUCAGAAGACCCCUGCGGCAUGGCAGGCGAGGAGGCGGUGGUGGUGACCGCAGUGGUGGCGCCCGAGGCGGGUCACGACGAGGAGCAGCCACAGCCGCCGGCAGGGCUGGGGUGCCGGGCGCACAGGGAACCCGGGCGGGGCCCCCUGGAGCACGGCCAGCAAAGGAAGAAAUUUUUAUAUUGCGAACCACAUAAGAGAAUUAAGGAAGUACUGGAAGAAGAACUUUAUCUUAAGAGAGAUGAAUGCUACAUUAAAAAUCCAGCUGCAGUGGCCCUGGAAGGGAUUUGGAGCAUUAAAAGGAAUCUCCCUGUGGGAGGCUUGAAGCCAGGACUGUCCAGCAGAAACGGUUUAUUGCCACAACCCAAGUACUAUUCCAGGCACGGAGGACUAAGAAGAUAAGAUGAGUAGAAUUUUCCAUUAACAAGGAACCUCUUUUUGCUGAUAUCUGAAGAACAGAGAAGAAACUCAAGCUUGUUUCAGGAUUUAAGAUGCGUGCAAAAAAUAUAUGAAAGCCUGUAAUUACUAUUAUCGGUAUUAAUACCUAUCUAUACGUUAAUCCAAAGUAAUGAAAGACUAUUGGAAAAGUUCACUAAGCACCUGAAAACUAUAAAGGAAAAUAUUAUAUUUGUUUUUAGUUGUCACAGAAUACAUUGGGCUUCUAAUUCUGUUCAUUUUAUUAAACAUGUGAAACAAUGAUGAAACAAAGGCA